CGCGACGGCAGCUUCGUCGACACAGUAGGUCGUGUAGAGCUCGUGAAGUCAUAACUGGUUUAUCACUGACAAAACGUUUGUUUCUCUCGACGCUGUGUUGCGAGUCACGAACCUGUUACUGGAAGCACGCUAUAAGACGAUUAAAGUCGUCAUCCAUCUAGUUGCGGUAAGGAUUCGAUACCCUGUCACGAUUUUAUAAACGUAUAAACCGCUCGCUUGUGUUGGCUCAUCUGAGAAGCAACUCGUUGCCUUCGAAGACAUUUGGAAUCGACUAUGAAGAAACAAGUGAAAGAGCAGAAGAAGGUGGAGGGCAAGAAGAGAAGCUCUGCGUAUCUGAAAAUGUUCACAGUUGUUGUAUUCGGCGAGGCUCGGACUGGUAAAUCGUCGCUUAUCAAGACUUUCCUCGGUGAGACAUUCACCGAUGAGUAUGAACCCACUGUUGAGGACUUCUACUCCAAGCAAAUUCUCUAUAACGAUAGAAACUAUCAGGUGGAUAUCAUUGACACUUGCGGCUCGGAGAAUUUCCCUGCCAUGAGGAGAGUGGACAUACAGAAAGCGGACGCAAUUUUGCUGGUAUACUCGCUGGACAAUCCUCGUUCAUUUGAACGGCUGGAACAGCUCAGAGAAGAAAUCUUUCAAGAAAGAGGCCACAAUCUUCCGGUCAUGGUUGUGGCGAACAAAUCGGACGCCGUCUUAGAUGGACACGCAUUAGAAAUGAAAACGAACGAUGGGAGUCUAAUAAACACAAAGUAUGUCGCAGAGAAGGAAUGGAAUUUAUUGUGGACAAUCACAUCAGCGAAGAUGUCCUGGGGCGUUGAAGACAUGUUUCAUGGUCUAAUAGAUGCAUUCUAUGUUCGUAGAACACAAACUCUUCCAGCUAAAGGUAGCCGUUCGUGGCUGGGAAGUCCAUUAUUAAGUAGCCUUCGGCGAAAAUCGAAAUGAAAAUAGAAAUAACGUGCGCCUGAUGACAUGUUAGCUCUGUAGUAUAUUUUCGACGCUCUCAAAAUCUUAUGACGUUCAAUCUAUGAUGUGAGAUUUUUUUCCAGUUGCAUAAUAGUUUAAUUAAUCUUUCGUCCUUCAAACGCCAUUGGAGAAGGUGUUUAUUUUAAACUUUGCGCAUUUCUCAGUGCGUGGAUGAACAGAAUGUAAACUAUUUUACGAUUGUUUUUCCAGUUACAUGAGGUUUUGUUCACAAUUCAUGGUUUAAGGUACGCGUCUUAAAUAUCUUAUUUCAUCUCGAAAUUUUACCCAGAACAAAUUUGAAAUUAGUGGUUGAAAAAUAAUUUUAUCCACUUAUAUAAUAUACUAAUUGAUUAGUCAAUAAGGCUUUGAACUAUUUCAUACUGUUCAAUAUUUCACAUAAUUGGUGCAAAAUAUGUAAAUACCAAAACAGAUGUAUAAGCGACAUUCGAAGACAGUAGUUUAUAAUAAUAAAUGAACUAGCUGAUCUUGACUGAC